AUGGCGCGCAAGACCAAGGCUGUCGACCACCUUGUAAAUCGUAUGAGUAAAAUGCGUCUGGUGGAUGAAAUUGCAGCCUCUUCGCCCAACGCCAUCAAGUCAGGUGUGCAGCCAGAUGUCAAAGAGCAGGAUGAUGUUGUGCGCCAGCCGUUUCGCUUCUUCGACCUGCCCUUCGAGCUCCGCCUACGCGUCUACGAGUUCCUCCUCAUUUUUCCCAAGACCAUCGACCUCGACCCUUCGAACCACCGCGUCGUCGCCCCGAAUCUGCGUCUGUUUCUUGUAGAUCAUCGUAUGCACGAGGAAGCGUCGCGUGUCUUCUACGGCCGCAACACCUUUCGCGUGUUUCCCAUUCACGGGCGCUACAUUAAUCGCAAGCACCCGCUCCUCGCUUGGUUUCCCCGCCGAUACCGCGCACACAUAACGAGGCUGGAGCUGCGCCUCGGCCCUGGCUUCACACGCCCGCCGAAAUGCUGGGUCGUGGAUAGCCGUCUGGGUCUGGCGGCGGCGAAGAAGCUGUAUAAGCUCAAGAUCUUCAUUGAGAUUGAUCCUGCGUCCAAUGAAGUUUUCGAAGGCUUCCGCGUGGGACAAAACUUUUACACAGAGUACUGUGUCGGCUUGCUUAGAGCUUUGCUGGGGCAAGUGGCUUCGAUUAGCGAAGUUGAGUUUGAUGCAUAUCCGAGUGUAUCGAAGUCAAGCCCGCUGUUGAAGGGCUUACUAGAGGAGACGAAGCUGAAUCAGAAGAGUGUUACCUGGGGCUCUGAGAGGGGUUGGGAUAAAAUUGUCGAGGUUGAUUUGGUCAAAGUGUUGCAGAACUUGGGUCUUGAUACGGCUUGA